AUCUUGUAAGCAAAAUGAAGAAUUUAAAAGCAAUUGAAAAGGACAAAAGGCGCCCUACUAAAUCACAUACUCCUUGAGCACUCCGCUCAUACAAUAUUUUUGAUCCACCAAAGAAUGGGCCUAUGCUAGAUGAGACCUUAGACUCAAAGAACACAAAGAAUGCUAAAAAAACACCAAACAAUCUGAUAAAGUCUUUUAAUCUGAAAGAAAAGGAUCCAGAAAUAUUUGAUAUAAGCAAUAUUUUGGGAAAAACGCUUAAGAAUAAAAGCCCAAAUAAGCGAAUCAGAGUGAAAUCUAGAUAUAUUAGUCAACGUAAAACUUCUUUAUGGGCUGCAUUCAAACCCUCCCAGCACCCAUCCCCUCAGCCCCAAAGCCCAACCUCCAUUCUCAAAAAUCUGCAGCUAAAACAGAAGCUUCAGCCUUCACUUGCCUGGUCAGAUCCGAAGACUCUGUACAGCUCCUUGACCAGCACCCAGAACAGAGACUCUCCGAAAUCACCAUUUACUGGGCUGAGAAAUAAUAGGUACAGAGGAGCAGCAUUUAUGGAUAAGCCGAUUGUAACUUGUGCGUUAAGGUUUUAAUAGGG